AUGGAGGAUGAAGGCGACAUGCCGGUGUGGGGCCGUAAUGCCAAGAGGCUGCGCACGGGGUAUAAUGCACCGUAUGGCGACGAGGAGGAAGAAGAAUUGGAGAAUGAAGAUGAAGACGAAGAUAACGAUGAAGAUGAAGGGCAGAGGGAAAUGCAGGUGUACGACAUACGAGGUGUGCCAGUGGGCUUCCCCUUCAACGCCUAUGACAGUACUGGCAAGACGCUGUGUCUUCUGUGUGCCUCUCUUGCCUGGCGGCAGCAGUGGCUCCACUCCCAGUCCAACUCAGCACAAUCCGCAGCCGACUUCGCCGCUGAGUGGCGUAGCAAGGAGAAGCCGCAAUCGCUGUUGUUCAGCGGCGGAGGCGAUAUGCCGCUCGUGGUGCGGGAGAAGCCACCGCGCAUCAUCUACACGUCGCGCACCCACAGCCAGCUCACGCAGGUAAUGAAGGAGCUCAAGAGGACCGCCUACAGCCCUCGCAUGACGGUGCUGGGCAGCCGACGUCAGCUAUGUGUCAACCCCGACGUGGUGAAUACGCCCGGCCGCGACCACAAGUGCCGCUCGCUCGUCACGAGCCGGCGCUGCGAUUACUACAAUCGGCUCGACGAUCUCAAGAAGUCCGAACAGCUGCGCGGCUCCUGCAACGGCAUGUUCGGGGAAGAGGUCGCCGAGGGCGAGAUCACCGACAUCGAAGAGCUCCUCCAGUCCGGCCGGGACCGCGGCCUGUGCGCCUUCUACCUCGCGCGUGAGCUUCAAUACUCGGCCGACAUCAUCUUUGCUCCUUACAACUACCUCAUCGACCCCGCGAUUCGGCGCUCGCUUGGCGUCGACCUGCGCGGUGCGGUGAUCAUUUUCGACGAAGCGCACAACGUGGAGUCGGUGUGUGAGGACAGCGCGUCGUUCGAUCUGCGCGUCGCGGAUAUGAAAGUGGCGAUCAAGGAGCUGGAGAGGGCCGCGGAGCUCGCCGCCUCGCCCAGCUAUUCGGGCGAGACAAACAAGGACGACAUCACCCGCUUCAAAGGGAUGGUGUGGGCCUUGAUCAACGACAUCAACAAGGUGCAUGUGUCCGGCGAUGGAUUUACUCGCCCGGGCGACUACAUCUACGAACUGCUCAACCAGGUGGACAUCAACGCGGACACGUCAGUAGCCCUCACGAACCUCUGCGACAGCCCAUCAGACGAGGAGAGUGGUAUGGGUUUGAAGCCGCUUUCGCUCAAGUCGCUCAACGAUUGCCUCAAGACCCUAUUCAAAGACGGUGUUGACCGACGCGAGGACUUCUCACUCUACUAUAAGAUACACGUGCACGACCAGGCAAGUGCUGCCCAGCGUGGUGCCUAUCGCUUUCAAAGCCGCAAUGCAGAGCGAGUCGUUAGUUGCUGGUGCUUCAACCCGGGCCUGGCCAUGCUGGAGUUGGCAGCGCAGGGCGUGCGCAAUAUCAUCCUCACCUCCGGCACCCUCUCGCCUCUCGCCUCCACCGCCGCCGAGCUCAAAAUCCCGUUCCCGAUCAGGCUCGAGAACAGCCACGUCAUCCAGCCGUCGCAGGUCUGGGUGGGCGUGCUGAGCAAUGGCCCGUCAGACUACCCGCUCAACUCCUCUUUCAAGACGCGCGAGACCGAGGACUACAAGCAGGCACUCGGUAACGCCUUGAUCAACUUCAUGCGCAUCGUGCCAAACGGUCUGCUCGUGUUUUUCCCGUCCUACACGGCACUCACCACCUGCGUCGAUGCUUGGAAGCGACCAGACGAGCAGGCGCGAAACGGUUCGAUAUGGGAACGGAUGUGCCGCUACAAGCAGGCCAUCAUCGAACCCCGCGAGGCGUUCCAGUUCAAAUUGGCCAUGGAGGACUACUAUGCCAAGGUGAAGACCGAAGGCGGCGCGGUGUUCUUCGCCGUGUGCCGCGGCAAGGUGUCGGAGGGCCUCGAUUUCUCCGAUGACAAUGGGCGCGCGGUGGUCAUCACCGGCCUGCCUUUCCCCUCGCUUACCGACGCCAAGGUCAAGCAGAAGCGCAGCUACCUUGAUCACCAGCGCCAAAUCCUCGGCACCAGCUCCUUGCAAGCCAUGCGGGCGGUCAACCAGGCCGUGGGCCGCGUGAUCCGUCAUUCGCGGGACCACGGCGCCAUUAUUUUGGCCGACCAAAGGUUCGGAAUGGCGACUAACCAGUCCGGACUGUCGCUUUGGCUUCGACCUCAGGUCAAAGUGUACAACCAAUUCGGCGUGGCUGCACUCGCCUUGACGCGCUUCUUCAACUUCUUCAAGAACCAAAAGGCCCUUGCUCCUCCGCCUCCACCCAAGGCCAAGCCGACGCCCCGACCCAAGGCCCAGCCCGUCGCGGCUCCUGUACAGAUGGGGCGCCCGGCCAGCCACACGUCACCCUCCAAGUUCGUGCCGCCACGCGUUGCGGGCGGUGCAGCAUCGGCCACGACAGCUCGCGCACCGCAAGCGACCAGCCUGGUUCCGCCCAGGGCCGGUGUCAAGAGGGAACGGGUGGAAGAACCCACCGAAAGGCCAGCGCCGCACGCGCGCGAUGCCACCUCGCCCAUCAAGAGGGAGAGGGGUGAGGAGGCCGCCGUCACCGCCAGCGAGGCACAGGCCUACAUCCGCAGGGUCAAGGGCUGUCUCAGUCCGGACGAGUACAAGACCUUCCAGUCGACGCUGCGGGACUUCCGGGGCAAACAGAUCGAGCUCGCCGAGCUGAUGGAGCGCGUGCAGCAGCUCUUCUCCGGGUCGCAGCGGUAUCCGCUCCUGCGCGACUUUGUCGCGUUCGUUCCGCCACGGCACAGGGCCACCUACCUAGCUAUGCUACCUCAGGAACCGACUGAGGAUCUCCCGCAGCCGGCUGCCUCAGAAGAGCGCUCCCCGGCGCGCAUCUCGGCUCCCCGUCCUGCUCAGUCGCCAGCCCAGGCAGAGCGUUCCGUGCAAGCCCUUUCGCAGGCCCCGCCCCUUCGCUUCGCCCUUGCUGCCGACCACCUCAACAUCACCGACAACCACGCCUGCUGCCGAGUUGAAGAACGAGGCGGAGAUUGCAGGAACGGGCGAGGCGGAUGCGCCGACCUUGCCCUCCGAUCGGCAGCCUUCCGCACGUAA